CUCGUUUAUUUGAUUUCUUAUGCUAAUACACAUAUCAUGAUGGCAUCUCAGACCACUGCCAAGUCAACUAUUGACUUUUGCAGUCUUGGCAUGUUCAUUAUAGAUGAGAUACACUUUCAACCUCCGAUACCCUCAGUAUACAACAUUCCAGGAGGUGCUGGCUCAUUCGCUGCUAUCGGUGCUCGUCUUCUCUCACCUUCACCACAGUCAAAAACGGUCGGAUGGAUUGUGGACGCUGGCUCCGACUUCCCGGACGAAGUCUAUGAGCUUAUACAACGAUGGGAUACGGCAUGUGUCUUCCGUGAGACACCAGAGCGACUGACUACAAGAGGAUGGAACGGCUAUGGUGAGGGCGAGAAAAGAGGCUUCAAGUAUCUGACCCCCAAGCUCCGGCUGACUCACGAAUCUCUCCCACCGUCGCACCUCCUAUCCAAGUCUUUUCACCUCGUGUGCUCCCCUUUGCGAUGCAUCGACCUCGUGACAGGUAUUCUUGCUAGACGCAAGCAGAUUGCCUCCCCGGAAGCAGCUGAACGGCCGCUGUUCAUUUGGGAGCCGGUGUCCGACCUGUGUUCACCAGAAGAAUUGCCAAACUGCCUCAAAGCGAUUGCAUUAGUUGACUGUAUCAGCUCGAAUCUGGAAGAGAUUAAUGGUUUCUGGCACGGCAAUAUUUUCAGUGAGCAUGCUCAAGUACAAGACAUCGACCAGCAGCAACUCGACUAUCAAUGCAGUGUUCUGCUAGAGGCAGGAAUUGGUCCUAAAAAGAAUGGCAGUGUCGUUGUAAGAGCGGGAAAAGAUGGGUGCUAUGUCGCCCAUAGAGGGAGACGGCGAUGGUUGCCUUCUUAUCAUCAACCAGACCCAGUCACGGGUUCAAAUUCGCGGGUUGUUGAUCCUACCGGGGGUGGUAACUCCUUCUUAGGGGCUCUCUCAGUGGGCUUAGUACGGCUGCAAAACGUCGAAGAAGCGGCCAUAUGGGGUUCAGUGGCAGCCAGUUUUGCCAUUGAGCAGAUUGGUAUGCCCACGCUUGCUUAUGAUGAAAAUGGCACGGAGACAUGGAAUGGUGUCCAAGUGCAGGAACGCCUUGACGAAUUCAAAAAGAGGCUGGAGACGUAUGUACAGCCCUGAUAUGUAACCCCAUACCACCACAUAACAGAAAUGAUGCCCGAGUAUGUCUUUGGCCAAAUCAAAGGUAUACCAUAAUAUGCGCGUAAUUCAUGAUAAAUGCAUCAGGGUCCUCCUACUG